CGAGCUAAACGGCGCUUUAGGACCGUGAUGGCCAUUUGACGACGUCGUCGCGCUUGGAGUUUUGGGAAUCCACAUGGUGGUUAAAGAAAAAGAAAGUCCCCAAAUUUCCUCUCGUGUUCUUCGAUCCGAGAUCGCGCAGAUACAGCAGCGGGCUUUCUAGGAGGUAAUUCGAUCUAUCUUUUUUCGCUAGCUAUACGAUUGGGGAAGAAGAAGAAGAAGAAGAAGAACGGCCGUGGUUGGAGAUGCUCGUUGAGGCGGAGGUUUCUCCCUCAAAGUUGCCGGUGCUCGUCGUACACAGCCGAUGCGGGUCCGGAGUCGUCGAGGAGGUCGUCCAAGUGUCCGAAGCAGCUGCAGCUUCAGCUGCGGUUUCCGGUGGGGGAUCAGAUAACGUGGAGGUUGAUCUUACGGUUUCCGAGAUGGGCACAAGAUCAUCACUUGCCUCAGUUAAUUCUUUUAGAUCACAUCAAUUUGUUCCUAAUCUUCGUUCUGGUAGCUUUGCCAAUAUUGGACCUAGGAGAUACAUGGAAGAUGAACACAUUCGCAUUGAUGAUCUCUCGGAAAAUCUGGGAACUAUGUUUAGGUGCCCAACACCUAGUGCCUUUUAUGGGAUUUUUGAUGGCCACGGAGGUCCAGAUGCAUCAGCCUAUAUUAAAAGGCAUGCCAUUAGGUUCUUAUUUGAAGAUGCUGGCUUUCCUCAUGCUGAUGAACCUGAUGAGGAUUUCAUGAAAUCAGUCGAGGACUCAAUCAAAAGCGCAUUCCAUCUUGCUGACCUUGCUUUGGCUGAUGAGUGUAUUAGCAGUUCUUCUGGAACCACAGCACUCAUGGCACUGGUAUUUGGAAGGCUGCUCAUGGUCGCCAAUGCUGGAGAUUGCCGAGCUGUUCUAUGUAGAAAAGGUGAAGCAGUUGAAAUGUCACAGGAUCACAGGCCCACAAAUGCAGUCGAACGUCAGAGGAUCGAGGCAUCUGGCGGUUACAUUGAUGGCGGUUACCUCAAUGGUGUGCUGUCGCUCACUCGCGCCUUGGGAGACUGGGACAUCAAAGAGCCUCGAGGCUCUCCUUCCCCUCUCAUCGCAGAGCCCGAGUUCAGGCAUGCCCUUCUAUCAGAGGAUGAUGAGUUCCUAAUUCUAGGAUGUGACGGCAUAUGGGACGUGAUGUCAAGCCAGCACGCCGUUGACAUAGUGAGCAAGGGACUGAGACGGCACGACAACCCUGAGUUGUGUGCUAGAGAGGUAGUUAUGGAGGCACUGCGGCUGAAGACAUUUGACAAUCUUACAUUGCUUGUGGUCUGCUUCUCCGACGAAUAUUCCAGUCCUUCCAUGCUACAAGGUGAACAACAACAACCGCAGCUCUGCGGAUUUAGGUGUUGCAAAAGCCUGUCAAUCGAUGCACUUUGUAACCUUAAGAGCUGGUUGGGUAAAAAUGGCCAGAGUUGAGCUUACAUGAUCUUUGUAAAUAUCUGGAAGGGACGACAAAAUCCUGAAAAUUACUCUGUGAUCCUGUUUUGGCUGAAUUAGAGUGGCCAUAAUCAUAGAAUAGCCAACCAGUUUUGUAGUUUUCUUAAAUUUGUUCUUCCUGUCGUCCAUUAUUUUGAUUGUAAUAAUCUUAGAGGGUUAUUCUCUGUAAAUAAUAUUAAAGUAGGUAUGGUGUAUCAGAUUGACUUAUUAUUAUUGUUUUUUUAUGAUUGA